CCCAAAGUUCAGUAUUAUGAAGAACUAAAAGAUUUAUGUCAGUGGGCCGGGGACACAUACAAAUCCAAUAGUUAUCACGAAGGAUUUCGAUCGCGACACUCUGGAAUUCAUCGAGGAAGAGAAAGCUAAGCGCCUUUUAAACGACGGUCCGGCCAACAUCGUAGAGGUAAAGGCUAUGGUAUCCACACCGGACAGAAAAAUUGAGAAUACACUGAAUAGGGCUGUUAAUACUGAACUUGACAGAGCCAUUCCUAUGGUUAUGAAUAGAAUGCAAGGUCCAAUGCCGAACAUGGACGAUGACCUUAGGAAAGAGUUGGAGCAAGCUUUGGUAGACGAAUUGGCGAAAAAUCUUGGCGAAACCAUCGAUAAUAUGGGUCCCAGCCCAACUGAUGAAGAUCUAGGAACUCUCAUUGGU